AUGGUUGCCGAGAUCCUCGGUACGGACGCUGAGGAGACCGCCGAUGCCAUCACCCAGGCCAAGACUGAGGUCCGAGAGGAGAUCGCCGACGCCGCGCUGGAGGAUCUGGCCGGCCGCGUCGCCGAGAUCCUCGAGACCGACGCUGACGCAACCGCCGAUGCCUUAGAGAAGGUCUCGGAAGACAUGUUCGACGAGGCGUUGGAGAGCAAGCUACAGGACGCCAUCGACGACGGGCGCAUCACGGAGGAACAGGCCCAGGAGUACCGGGACAAGGCGGAGGCAUCCGGCAGUUGGUAUGGUUUCGGCUACGGCCGCGGCCACGGCCACAGGGGCGGCAAUUCCGAGGAGUUCGCCAAUCGUGUCGGCGAGGAACUCGACGUGGAAGGCGACGACGUGGCCGACGCCAUCAAACAGGCACAGUCCGACAUCCGCACCGAAGCGUUCGAGGGAAAGCUGGACGACGCUGUAGAAAGCGGCAGGAUCACCCAGGAUGAGGCCGACGAGAUCCUAGAGAGCUACGAGUCGGGCAGCGGAGACGGCUUUCACAGGAGGGGCAGAAGCGCCUUCAAGGGCGGCAAGGGUCACUGGGGCCGCGGCCGUGGGUCCCACCACGGCUCGGACACCGAUCCAACUGCCACCCCGGAGCCCGACCCAACCGCCACUCCCGAGCCCGCAAGCGACGGAGACUCUGCGUGA